AGCCCCGCCGGCUGCUCCUCCCAGGACAGGAGAGGCGGCUUCGGCGAUGGCCACGUCCCGGGCGCUGGCAGGUCUGGCCGCGGGUUUGCAGGGCCCACGGGUCGUGCCCAGCCCGGACUCGGACUCAGACACAGACUCAGAGGACCCGAGUACUCGGCGCAGCGCGGCCGGGCUGCUCCGCUCGCAGGUCAUCCACAGCGGACACUUCAUGGUGUCGUCGCCACACAGAGACUCGCUGACCCGGCGGCGCGACCAGGAGGGGCCCGCGGGGCUUGCCGACUUCGGGCCGCGCAGCAUCGACCCCACACUCACCCACCUCUUCGAGUGCAUGAGCCUGGCCUACAGUGGCAAGCUGGUCUCCCCCAAGUGGAAGAAUUUCAAAGGUCUCAAGCUGCUCUGCCGAGACAAGAUCCGCCUCAACAAUGCCAUCUGGAGGGCCUGGUACAUCCAGUAUGUAGAGCGGAGGAAGAGCCCCGUGUGUGGCUUCGUGACCCCGCUCCAGGGGCCUGAGGCUGACGAGCACCGGAAACCAGAGGCGGUCGUUCUGGAGGGGAAUUACUGGAAGCGGCGCAUCGAGGUGGUGAUGCGCGAGUACCACAAAUGGCGCAUCUACUACAAGAAGCGGCUCCGUAAGUCCAGCAGGGAAGGGGACCUCUUGGCCCCAAAGCAGGUGGAGGAGGGGUGGCAGCCACCAGGACAAUGGUGCGAGCAGCUCUUCUCCAGCGUGGUACCCGUGCUGCUGGGGGGCCCAGAGGAGGAGCCAGGCAGGCGGCAGCUUCUGGACCUCAAUUGCUUUCUGUCCGACAUCUCCGACACUCUCUUCACCAUGACUCAGCCCAACUCCUCACCCCUGCAGCUGCCCCCGGAGGAUGCCUACGUGGGCAAUGCUGACAUGAUCCAGCCAGACCUGACGCCUCUGCAGCCCAGCCUGGAUGACUUCAUGGAGAUCUCAGAUUUCUUCACCAGCUAUCACCCCCCACAGACGCCCACGUCUUCAAACUUCCCAGAGCCCCCCAGCUUUGGCCCCAUGGCUGACCCCUUCUUUAGCAGUGGGACCCUGGGCUCGGAGGUGCCCCCUGCCUCUUCAGGCAUGACCCAUCUCUCAGGGCAUGACCACCUGCAGGCUCGGAGCAGCUGCCCUGGCCCCCUGGAUUCCAGUGCCUUCCUGAGCUCUGAUUUCCUCCUUCCUGAAGACCCCAAGCCCAAGCUCCCACCCACUGCAGCACCCCCACCCCUCCUCCAAUACUCUGCCCCUGCCAAGGGGCCUGGCCUGGAGCCCUGUCUCCCACCCCUCUUCCCUCCCGUGGCUCCUCCCCCUGCUUUGCUGCAGGAAGAGCCUCUCUUCUCUCCCAGAUUCUCCUUCCCUACCAUCCCUACUGCCCCCGGAGUGUCCCCACUGUCUGCUCCCACAGCCUUCCCACCUACCCCACAGCCAGGCCCAGGCCCUGCCCCUGCCCCUUUCCCAAUAGACCUUCUACCCUCAGGAUAUCUGGAGCCCCCAUUUGGGCCUCAUGUCACAGUGCCCCAAGGAAUGCCGCCCAGAGGCAAGCCCCCCACCCUGUCCCCUAGGGGGCGGAAGCCCAGCCCCCCUGCCUUGGCCCCAGCCACUGCCAGCCCCACUGCCACUGCCGCAGGCAACACCCCCUGCCUCACACAGCUGCUCAGGGCAGCCAAGCCUGAGCAAGCCCUGGAACGGCCACUCGCAUCCAGUGCCCUUCUCCAGCCCCCAGAGUCCCCGGUAAGAUGGCAGGCACUGGGAGAGGAGGGUGAGCCCAGGGGCUUCACCCCAACUCUCCUCCCUUCUCCACCCCAGCAGGAGAUGGUCCCUGAAUUCCCCUGCACCUUCUUACCCCCAACCCCAGCCCCCAUAUCUCCCUGGCCACCUCCAGGCCCAGCUACUCUGGCCCUUCCCAGGCCCCUGAUUGUCCCCAAAGUGGAGCGGCUCUCUCCCCCAGCACCCAGCGGUGGUGAGCAGAGGCUUUCUGGGGAGCUCAGUUCCAUGCCAGGCCCUGGGACUCUGCGUGUGCAUGUCUCUCCCCCUCAACCCAUCCUAAGCAGGGGCCGUCAAGACAGCAACAAGACUGAGAACCGGCGCAUCACACACAUCUCUGCAGAGCAGAAGCGGCGCUUCAACAUCAAACUGGGAUUUGACACCCUGCACGGGCUGGUGAGCACGCUCAGCAUCCAGCCCAGCCUCAAGGUUAGCAAGGCAAGCACCCUGCAGAAGACGGCCGAGUACAUCGCCAUGCUGCAGCAAGAGCGUGCAGCCAUGCAGGAGGAGGCCCAGCAGCUGCGGGACCAGAUAGAGGAGCUCAACGCUGCCAUUACCCUGUGCCAGCAGCAGCUGCCUGCUACUGGGGUGCCCAUCACACACCAGCGUUUCGACCAGAUGCGAGACAUGUUUGAUGACUGUCCUGAACUCCCUUCGCCAGCUGAGCACUUCUACCAGUAUCCUGACGGACCCGGGCCGUAUACCCGAGCAAGCUGCACGGGCAGUCACAGAGGGCUCCCCUGGCAAACCUUUAUAGGGCUGGACGGACCCUGCUGUUCACCCAGCUGCCCAGGGGCUGCUUUCCCUGGGCAACUUCUAGACAGUCCCCUCCUGCUUGAGGCCCUGGCUGUUCCCUUUCCUGAGGCUCAAGCAGGGCCCAAGUCUCUUCCUACCUCCCCUCAGCCAGGAAGAGCUGAGUUCUGGUCCCUGCUCUACCAGCGACUAAUGCUGUGGCCUGGGGGACUCUUACUCCCUCUUUGGGCCUCUGUUUUUCAGCCUGCAAAAUGGGGAUGGGGAAGCUUAAACCAGAAGAAGAUCCCAAGGUCUUAGUGACUAUGACACUUGGUGGCCUAAGCUGGCAACUCAGGGAGAUGGAAGGAGGAGCGGGAUGAUCCUGUUUGGCCACUACUCUCACCUGCUCCCCAACAGAUAGGGCACAGGCCUCUGUUUUCAAGUGGAGAAGCAGAAAAGGUUUCCUCUCUCUCUCCUUCGGAGAGCCUGGGGAGCUGCAGGAUGGCAUCCCUGGGUGAGACCAAUAAGGUCUGGUCCCAGGAGAGCAGGGCAGGGGUUGGCCAAACCAGGGCAGCCAUCUUGUAUGUGUGUGUGUGUAUGUGUGUGCGUAUAUUUUAUAAAGAAUUAUUGACCAAUAAGAACAACUGCUGGGGACUGUCAGCAUGUCUCUCUGUGUGGGUUGGAGAGAGCCAUUUGGCAGUGAGAGGUAUCCUUGAAAGGACCUUAGCUUUUCCCAUAAGCUGGAAGCCACUGGGGGUUUUGAGUAGGAGAGGGACAAGAUCAGAUGUAACUUUUAAAUAGGAUCCCUCUGGGUGUUGAGAACACAGUGGGGCAAGGGCAGAGGCAGGGAUGCCAGUUUAAGGCUGUUGCUGUCAUCCAGGCAAGAGAGGACUGGCACUCAUCCUAGAAAUCCUCCCUCUGCAGCCAGGAGAAAAUUCAGGGAGGCUUGCCACCUUCUAACUAGGAAGAGGGCAGAGCUGGGACCAAGGAGUGGAAGUGACAGGGCCUCCCACUGGGAUCACCCAGAAGGAGAAGGUGCUGCAGCAGGGCUGGAGUGACCUCCCCAUUCUGUGAGCUAUACAGGCAGAGCAUCCCUCCUCCGGCUGCUAGGUUGGGAUGUCUUAGAAGAAACCGAUACUUCAGAUGGGCAAUUGGGGAAAUGGCCUCAAUACUUCAGUGAUCCAUGUAACAAAUAUUUCCUGAGGGCCUACUGUGUGCCAGGCCAUGGGCUCAGCCCGGGGGAUUCUGUUCCCUGCUGGAGCCCCCUCCCUGUGGAGCUGACCUUCCAACCUGAUGACUCUGACCUCUCACAUCUCAGCACUUCCAGAGACAUAUGCAGGGAGUAUCAGCACGAAGUCUUCCUAGGGCUUUUACUUUCCUUCAUUCAUGUAGAAUAACAACUGUAACAACUGUGGUAACUUACCUAGUGUUUACUGCAUGCCAUGCACCUUUCUAAGCACUUCAUGUGUAUAACCCACUCAAUCCUCACACGGCCUACCUCUACAGGCCAGUUGUCAGGAUUUAAUGGGAAAUAUAAAGCACUUAAAACAAAUGCCUGGCAUGUAACAUUGUGUAAGAGUUAUCAUAAUUAUCACCUCCAUUUUACAGAUGAAAAAUUGAGGCACAGACAAAGAUAAUUACCAGGAUACCCACCUGGACUGACUCUAGUCUCCACUUUUAGUCACUACUCAUCACUGUGCGGGUGACAGGGCCACCCAGGCUUUAAGUGCCAUUUGCUGCUGCAGACAGAGGUUUGAAGUGGCUCUUUGAAAGGUAAAAGCCUGGCAGUUUGCGCUCUGCUGUUUUCACCCACUCAUACCUGCCGGGAAGGUCCCCAUAAUACACCCCUUUGACCGUGUGUCCUUUUCUAGAUGCCACCUUCUCUUGAGUUGUCUACACUUGCUCUCUCUUCCUCCUGCCCUUCCUCCUUCCUCCCAGCUCCUGCCUUUGGCCUCUUCCUCCCCCUUCCAUCCCAGCCUCACCCCUGCACUGCCUCUGCUCUCACUGAGGUCACUUGACUCCCUCUUUGCCAAAUCCAGUGACCACUCUGCAGUGCUGUUCUUGCCUCCCCCCUGCCCAACUCCCAGCCCUUGGACCUCCUUCUUGAGCCACCCUGUCCCUGAGAAUCCAGAAUUCACCCCAGGCUCUCCUUCCCCCUCCCCGACAGUGCCUUCCCAGAUUCUGCGGGACCCUCUUCCUCCGCCUGUCCCUUCCUCAGCCCACUUCCCUUCUCACUGGCAAGCCCUGAGUGAUGCCCUCCUUUUCAGCCUUUCUGCUGAGGACCCUCUAUUCUGUAUCCACCCUGCUCUCCCCCUACAGCUACACAACCACACAUCUGACUGCCACCCAGACCUGUCCCUCUGAGUGUUCCUUGAAAGGGCCAAAACAGAACCCAUAACUUCCAAGACUGUGGCCCACAGUCUUCCCUGUUAAGCCUGUUCCACUCCAUGUUCCCCAAUCCCAGGAAAGGUGCCCCCAUCCAGAGACUUGUGCAAGUUAGGAGCAGUUAUCUUUGACUACUCCCCAGGCCCACUGCCCUGUGGUAUGUUACCAAGGCCUGACCAGGUGACUUGUAAGCAUCGAUCCCCACGUCCACUACUAUGGUCCAACACAACAUCACCCUUUUACAUAUACUUUUGCAUUAGCCUCCUGUAUCCCUUACAGCUGCUCCUCAAACUUAAAUGUGUGUUUGAAUAACUUGGCAGGGAGGCUUCAAAAAUCUUCAUGACCAAAUCCAGUCUAGACCAAUCAUAUCAGAACCCCUGGAUGUGGAGUUUAAACAUCAGCAUUUUUAAAGUAAUUCCAGUAUGCAGCCAAGGUUAAGAACCACUGUAAUAGAAGCUUUGAGCUGCAAAUAACAUGGUUGGGGCUCAAGCUAUUUAAAUAAGCACUUCUUAAACUUAAGUGUGCAUCAAAAUCACUUUGCGGGCUUGUUAAAAUACAAAUUCCUGGGCGCCUACUUCCAGAGUUUGUGAGUCAGCAGUUCUGAGAUGGAGUCUAAGAAUUUGCAUUCCUAAUGAUGCUGGUCCAGGGUCCACACUGAGAAUGUUGGUCUAGACUGGAUUUGGUCAUGAAGAUUUUUUAAAGCCCCCCCUCCCAAGUUAUUCAAACACACAUUCAAGUUUGAGGAGCAGCUGUUAAGGGAUACACCACUUCAGCAGUGAGGAAAUUUCACCUACCAUAGAGGCCAGAGGCAGGGAGGGCUCUGAUCAAUGCAAGGUGGAUCUUCAAUUGCAAAUUGAGGUUGUCUUCCCAUUGUUUCUUUGGCUCCUGCUUCCCUCUCAUGAGGCCAGGUUUCUGAGCAGAUGUUCCAGCUGUUUUAUGCCUGGGCUCUACUACCCCUCCAGCCUCAUUUCUCUAUAUACCUUUCUUUCACAUUCCAAAGAGUCCUGAACCUCUAGUGGUCCUUUGGAUGCAUCAUUCUGCUUUACCAUUGCAAGCCAUAAUCAGCCCAUGAGGGAGGCAGGCCUCAGCUUUUCCAUCCUCCUCCCACUGCAUCUUUUCCUCAGGAUCAUUUGCAACACUCCCCCAGACAGGCUGGCAAUGUCACUCUCUUCUAAGUAGAAAUAAGUUACUUCUACCUGCACACCUUUGCCCAUGCCUUGUUUCCCACCCAGAAUUCCUUCCUACCCUCCACGUCACCUAAAUAUCUACCCCUGAAGGUACAGACAAGCCUCACCGUCCCUCAGAAUCCACUGGGGAAUGUCCCUUCUUGGCCUGCCCAGCUUUCCCGGUCCUGCCUUGUGUCAUUUGUUGGCCUUGGCUUCCAACUGGGCUCUACAACACUUGAGGGUAAGAACUAGGCUGUACCCCAGUGGAGAGGCGAGGUGGGAAGUGUGUGGAUCUUGGAAUAUAGCAGACCCCAGGUUGAGUCUGGGUUCGGUCCCUUGUUUCCUUGAUCACCUUGGGUUAGGUACUUAAUUUGAGCCUAGCUUUUUUCAUCUGCUUCAAGUUAUUUUAUAGCAUCUCCUGUCUUAAAGGCCACUCUAAAGAUCAGCUGAACUCAUGAUGUGAGAGAACCUUGUAGCUUCAACUGAGCAGCCCACAGCUGAGCCCUACUCUUGCUUCUCCUUGUCCCCACAUCAGUAGAUUGGAAUUACAGACCUGCAUGAGUCCCCAGGCAUGCUUUACAUGUAUGAAUAGUGUCACUUAAUGAGCACUUCCUAGAGCAUCAUCAGUCUGCUAAUCUGUAGGACAAGAAUGUGAGAAGAUUAAAUGCAGAGCUCCUGGAGCAUUAAAUGCCACAUGCAAAAUGUUUUAUGAAUGAAAUUCUUUAAAAUAUAGCUUUGUCUCUAGGUCACGUGAAGUGGUUCAUGGCUGGACCUGCAUUUCUAAUAGCAAAUUAAGGAGGAAAAGCCCCAGAAUAUUCUAGACACCCCUUCCCAAUCCUCCCCACCCUAUUGUCCACAGCUGAGUCCAUGCCAAUCUCCACCUCCCCAGUACAAAAAAGGUAAUGAGGUCCCUCCAUUUGUUCUCUGAUUGGAUCUGUGUCCUCAUCCGACGUUGCAGGUGUGUCUGUCUUCUAGCCUCUGGAGCAGCCUCUCCAAAGGCUAAAGGGCCUGCCCUGUUGGGAGAUGCGCCCUGACCCUGGUAUUUUGUCUCCUUCUGGGUUGCGGGGCUGGGCGACCCACAGAUCACACCUGUUCUGGAAACAUUCCUUCCCCAGUCAAGUGGGUCUAAUCCAGAUUCUAUCAGUUAGACUUUCAGAAUAUAUUUUUUGGUGAAAUCUGAAUAAACUCUCUAGAUUGUACUCAU